CGGGCGGGGUUAAAUUGCGGAUGUAUGCCGCAGACCUUGAGGAUAGCUAGAAUCAACGUGCUGUAUCGAUCUCGUGAACAGCCAGUACAUUGCAUCUCAACGCUCUUGCGCUUUUUAAUCUGUUCGUCCCGAAAUAUUUAGCCGCUCGGUUUCUAUUUAGUUCAUAAAAGGAAUGCCCAGAGAGCUGACCCAGAACAGGAUCCAAAAGAUCUGGGUUCCCACCAAAGAUGACAAGCCAGCACCACGCAGAGCAUCUGGCACCCCGCACUUCGCCAACCCCCCCACUGUAAUUGUGAUGGUUGGCCUGCCUGCUCGAGGAAAGACGUACAUCUCCAAGAAACUCACCCGCUACCUUAACUGGAUUGGCAUGCCCACGAAAGUCUUCAACGUGGGGGAGUACCGCAGAGAGGCAGUCAAGAACUACAGCUCCUAUGACUUCUUCAGGCCUGAUAAUGAGUGUGCUGUGAAAAUCAGGCAGCAGUGUGCCUUAGCAGCUCUGAGGGAUGUCAAGUCCUAUUUGAAGGAUGAAGGAGGUCAAGUAGCAGUGUUCGAUGCCACAAACACAACAAGAGAAAGACGGGAAAUGAUCCUCAAGUUUGGCAAAGAGAAUGGAUUCAAGAUCUUUUUCAUUGAGUCUGUGUGUGACAAUCCCAGCAUCAUUGCUUCAAACAUCAUGGAUGUGAAGGUGUCUUGUCCAGACUACCGGGACUGCAACAAGACAGAUGCCAUAUUGGAUUUCCAGAGGAGAAUUGAAUGCUACAAAGCCAGCUACCAACCUCUAGACCCUGAUCAGCAUGAUAGGGAUCUCUCCUUCAUUAAGGUCAUUGAUGUAGGUCGUCGGUUCCUUGUCAACCAGAUUCAGGAUCAUAUCCAGAGUAAGAUAGUUUACUACCUGAUGAACAUCCACGUCCAACCCCGAACCAUCUACCUGUGUCGGCACGGAGAGAGCACUGACAACCUGAAAGGACGACUGGGUGGCGAUUCUGGCCUCUCGACACAGGGACGACGGUUUUCAGCUGCUCUGGCUAAGUUUGUGGAAGAUCAGCAGCUGAAGGAUUUGAGGGUCUGGACCAGCCAGUUGUGUCGCAGCAUCCAGACCGCUGAGCACCUGGGAGUCCCAUAUGAGCAGUGGAAGGCACUAAAUGAGAUUGAUGCUGGUGUAUGUGAGGAGUUGACGUAUGAUGAAGUGAAGGAGAAAUUCCCAGAGGAGUUUGCUUUUAGAGAUCAAGAUAAAUACUACUACCGCUAUCCUGCUGGAGAGUCCUACCAGGACCUGGUCCAGCGAAUGGAGCCAGUCAUCAUGGAGCUGGAAAGGCAGGAGAACAUUCUAGUUAUUUGCCAUCAGGCCGUCAUGCGCUGCCUGCUGGCAUACUUUUUGGAUAAGAGUGCAGAUGAGAUGCCCUACCUGAAGUGUCCCCUCCACACGGUACUGAAGCUCACCCCAGUCGCUUAUGGCUGCAGAGUGGAGUCCAUCUCUCUGAAUGUGGAGGCAGUAAACACUCACAGAGACAGACCUGAGGACGUGAAGAGGGGUCCUGGUACCUUGAUCAGGAGGAACAGUGUGACUCCUUUGAGAAGCCCUGAGUCACAUAUCAAGAAACCUCGCAUUGAUGACUUGGAUGAGGCUCCCAUCCAGGAGCUGCCACCCUCUGUUGCCUCAGUGGCGCUCUGCAGCCCCUCACACCUUCCUCUCACUCUGGCUGGACAGCACUGGCUGGGCAGUUUGCCUAACCUGAGGAGGAGCUUGUCUGUUUGCCAUGAUGUCCUGCAGCCCUGCCUUUGAAGUUGUACUGGCUCAAAUGGCCAGAAUUUCAAUCACUGAAAACAACAUGAGAAAAGAAGUACAUUCGAAAAGCAACAUUCUCAGUCUGUUAAAUUUCAAGGAUCAACUUAAUUUGGUGUUCUGUCAGAUAUGGCUUCUUGCCAUUGUCACAUUUUCUUUCUCUCGGAGACUGGGAAGCUUUUAGUGUGACAGCUGUAUAUACGUCACUCAGGCUGCCAGAGGCAAACUGUGACUUAUUUAAAUCAGCAGUUGUUGCUGUCACAUCCCACAGCUCAGAUGGCUUUCUGGAGAACCAGUUUGUUCCACUUAAUGGAGAGCUCAAAGACCAAGCCUCGCACACUGAUAAAACUUUAAGCAGUUUUUUUUAAUAGUUCUCUUAUGGUUGUGUUAUUAACUAUCAGAACAAUAUAGGAUUUAGUUCAAAUGGCAAACUUUAAUUUUUCACGUUUUUCUAAAAUGUGGCAGAGACUAAUGAUUUAAUUGACUCACUUUUAUGCCGACAUGCUACAAAAGAAGCAGCUCAUUUUGCACAGUGGGGAUACUUUUGACUGGUCUAUGUGUCACAGUUUUUGGUUUUCACGGUAAAUGCCGUAGAGUGCCUGUAAUGCUUGUUUUGCAAGCCUGAUGCCCGCUGUUUCUCUGGACCUGAGGAGAGGUAUCAUAUUUCAUCUAAUAGCUCCACAUAUAAUUUCAAUAUUUUAUUUUACACAGUAAAAAUAUUUUUCCUUAUUUUGUUUAAAAGCUACAGUACAUGUUACUUAUUUAGUUCUCAACACUGAGGGGAAACUUUGUUUUUGUUGUCAUUGUCUGCUAUGCACAAAUCCAAGCACCUAGUAUAUUUUUAUCAUAACAAUGCCUCCUGUUAAUAACAUCUUUGUAAAAUCUUAGUGUACAUAUGGGUGUAACUGGAGAUAUGUCGGACAUGAUUUGGAAGCCUCAUGAGAGGCUUGUGGUUCAAAUGAAAGUAUGUGUAGCUGUUUUUUGUACUAAUGUGUUGGGACAGAAUGGAGAGCACCAUCUCUUGAAAGGAAGCUGCUGCUUACCUGUCAGUAAAUCUUUUAGCAUGUUACUUGAAAUUUGUUUUUGUCAUCUUUUAUUAUAUUCUUUAUUUAUUUGUAGUUGUGGAAAACAAUUUGAAGCAACUGUUUUAAUUUAAGGGUCUAAGAAUGAGAGGACAGUGUGCUGUACAUUUGAUUUGUGCAUUUGCUGGACCAAUAAAGUCACUCUGGGAAAAUA